UGUAAGUUUCCUCCCAGCUAGGCCUACAAUGCGAGACAGUGCUGCCAGGAUUAGUGGUUCUGAUCUAUAUACAGGAACACAACGAGUGUCAUUACCUGGAGGAGGACAGGAAAAGGCAGAAAGGACCUGGAUGAGAGAAAAAUCCAGACUAGACGUGGUCCAGAACAAGAUUACUGUGAGAAAUUCUGAUAAACAGUGCGAGAUAUAUGGCUAGGAUUGGUAUAUAUUGACGAGAUUUACGAGAGAGGGCGACAAGUGGGCAGAUAUAAAAAGAGAGAAGUACAAACAUACUUAAUCAUUCUAAUCAGAGACGUUGAACUACUUGACUCUAGCUGAAGUGGUAGAAGAGUGGUGUUGAUCAUGAUUAACACAAAACAGCGUCAGGAAAUGUCAUCGGCAGGCCCCAGCUCAAAGAAAGUUCCUGGGUUUUACCUUGCGGGGGAUUUGGAGCGGCUCGGAUAGAGAUCCAUCCAUUGUUGCUCUUUUGCAAACGUGAUAUCUGGAU